CCACAUUGUGAGCAGCGAAUGCAGCAGACUAGAUUGACUGAAGUGCGGGUAAAGCGCUGCUUCACCGAGAAGGCGUGUUUGGGCCUUCCGGAUACUGAGGAAUGAAAAACGGCGAAGGCAACAGUGAAAAAUCGUAAAUUAAAACAAGUUGGUGUUGAUUCUGAAUGUGGGGGUUAGCGUUUUGCUUGGUACAGGUACUAAGGGAUGGAGGAAUACUACAUCAGGCUGAAAAUCUACCCGCUGUAGAAGAACAGGCUGGGGAGAAACUCAGCUACUCGUGCUGCAUUUGCCAGUAUGAAAGAUGACGCCCCCCUCCGAUAGUGACUGCCAGGAGGUCAGAGGUGAGAGUUGGCAGUGUAGCCACGUGUGUGUCGCUACCAUGAUGGCACGGCUGCCGCGAGCUGUGCCGGUGGCCUGGUUGAAGGUUAACAGGAGCCUGCGGAGUGGAGUCGAGGGCAGAGGGGCGGGACGAGGAGCGAAGACAGACACCUGGUGGUGGAGAAGAAGCUACAGCUCGGCGCCGACGAAAGCGGCUCUGCGCCUCCCCAGGAUGGAGUACCAGGAUGCGAUAAUGGCACUGAACACUCUCCAGACCAAUGCCAGCACCCUGGAACAGAUCCGACGGGAACAGCAGCUUGGCCGAACAAAUGGCACUCUGGAAGCAAUGAACUCCUUUAUUCACCGCGCUGGAAUGAAGAUUGAGGAGUUGGACCAGCUUGCCAUCAUCCAUGUGACUGGAACAAAAGGCAAGGGUUCAACGUGUGCGUUUUGUGAGAAGAUAUUGCGUGAAUAUGGACUAAAGACUGGUUUCUAUAGCUCUCCACAUCUGGUGCAAGUAAGGGAGAGAAUCAGAAUUAAUGGCAAACCAAUCAGCAGAGAACUCUUUACAAAGUACUUCUGGCAGGUUUACAACCGAUUGGAUGAAACUAAGGAUACCGACGCUGGGGCCAUGCCUGCAUACUUCCGUUUUCUCACCAUCCUUGCCUUUCAUAUCUUUCUGCAUGAGAAGGUUGACCUGGCAAUAGUGGAGGUUGGAAUUGGAGGUGCCUAUGAUUGUACCAACAUAAUUAGGCACCCUGUUGUGUGUGGGGUUUCAUCACUGGGGAUUGAUCAUGUCAGUAUCCUAGGAGACACCAUGGAGAAAAUUGCGUGGCAGAAAGGGGGAAUUUUCAAGCCGGGCGUCCCAGCGUUCACAGUUUCGCAACCCAGUGGUCCAAUGUCUGUCCUUGUUGAAAGAGCAAAGGAAAUUGGGUGUUUCCUGCAGCUCUGUCCGGAAUUGGAGGAUUUCCAGUCUGAGGGGGAGAGGUUGAGCUUGGGGUUGGCAGGAGAACAUCAGAAAUCUAAUGCGUCUCUGGCGCUGCAGCUGUGUAGGACGUGGCUGCAGCAUCAUAACCACCCAGAUUUUCCUCCACUCCAACAACCUCUGGACUUUCCUGAAAGAUAUGAGAUGCAGCGACCACCCAUCAGCUCAGGAUUCUGCCUAACUACCCCCAUGAUAAAUGGAUUGCGUGAUACAAAAUGGCUAGGCCGAUCGCAGAUCCUGAAGCGAGGACCAGUGACGUAUUACAUUGAUGGCGCUCACACUAUUGGUAGUAUAAAGGCCUGUGUCAAGUGGUUUCGGGAACAUUCGUUGAAGGAAGCAAAAGCUGUGGGAGGACCCGUGGUACAGGUACUACUGUUCAACACAACAGGGGAGCGUGAUGCUGCCGCACUACUUAAGCUGCUCAUGCCUUGUCAGUUUGAUUUUGCUGUUUUUUGCCCCAAUCUCUUGGACAUGGCACAAAAUCUGAAUGCUGAUCAGAAAAAUUAUACAGUGUCUCUGGAGAACAUGCUUAGCCGUUGCCUUGACAACCAUCGUGCCUGGUGUAAACUUACAGAGGUGAAGCGUGAUAAUUUAUGGAAUUUAACAGGCAGUACUCUAGAAGGCCCAACCACAUUUGUUAAGAGGGAUGAUUUGGAUGAGGAAAUGCUACUGUUGCAUGAUCCAGAGUGUGAACAGAUAACCACUCGUGCACUUGUCUUCCCUUGCAUCAACAAUGGCUUGCAGUGGAUAACACAAGGACGUGAUCCUGACCUUCAGCCUUCAUUGGCCAAUCCACUCAAAAUGCAUCCAGCAGGAGCUGCAGCACUGAAGGAAGCUUCAACCAUACAAAUCCUGAUCACAGGAAGCCUCCAUCUCGUAGGCGGGUGCCUGAAACUUCUUGACCAGUCCUUGUCUCAGUGAUUUUGUUUUCAGACCUUGCUCUAAUGACCUACUAUGGAGGAAGUGUUGGCUAGGGGAAUAGUUUCUAGGUUUGUUGUACUGGACAUUGUUCAGAUACUAAGUAUUUUGAUGUAGAAGAGUUAACACAAGGUGAUGGUAUUGACUGAGUGGAAGCUUUCAUUUCACCAGAAGGAAAUUGGCCGUCAUGGGAUAAUAACUUUCUCUUGCAGGCUUUGUGUGUGAAGUGUAGGCCAGUCUUUUAUGUCUAAUGGCAUGUAUUAGUUAAAUUUUUGCACAUGAAAUAUUUAAAAGAAAAAGUCUUACAUUUUCUAGGUCUUAAAAACUGGAAUAUAAACUUGGUCCAAAGUAA